AAUGGGUCUGCUCACACCCCUUCGCCCCAUUCAUAACUCAUUACUAUGUCGAACGCGCAACAUUCUCCUACAAACGCAAGCAACACUACAAUCACCAACGUUCUCGACUGCGACAGCGUCCUCGAGCUUCUCCAGCGCCUCCUUCCAACCAAAAGCACUCCCGCCAGCACAGCUAGGACCGAAACGGAGGCAGAUGCAGUAUCUGUAUCAAGUGCUGAGGCGGCUGCGCCAGCAGCUGGAUCCACAGUAACUAUCCUCAAUAGCGCGUAUGAAGCCCUUGCAAGUAUAUCCCACGCUAUGAUGACUGCUGUCGGGUUUAGGCUGGUCGGGCUGAGCGAGGAGGACUCUCUUGAAGGAGAUCGCCUGAGCAAUGAAGACCUCACCACGGCCAACGUUUUGCCUGAGCGAUGGAACGCGUCGAAGGAAAGUUACUCUUUCAGAUACACACAUUCGCACUCUCAACUCACGUAUUUGAUCAAGUGCAUGCGUAUGGCUGGCAAAUUUGUAAUCCAUGGCACUACUAUCGAGACCAGCAAAAUAUGCUCGUUGGAACUCGAGGUCAAGGAUUUUACCUCGCCCUCAUACUUCCCAUUCACAAGUGCGACAAACGUGGACAGAGAUCCUCUCUGGAACGGCUUCAUCUCACGGUCAAGGAUCAACGACCUAAUUGGACAGUUCAAGGUCAAGGUUGUGCAACAGCUCAUCCCAGGUUUGUCAAAGCCAGGUUAUCGGGAAGAGAGAACUCCUGCCAGCAGCACAAGUAUAGCCUCAGGAACUGAAUCGAGAUCCGGAGAGCGAGCCAGAACUGAUAUUGGAAGAGGUGAUGGCGGGCAUGAGCCUGGAUACUACCCAGAUGAUCCCUCUACAUUCCCAGGUAUUGGAGGCAUCCCUCGACCUGGUCGACCGGGAUUUGUGCCACGCCCUCCUAUUUUUGGAGACCCAUUUUCAGCUGAAGACCCGGGCUAUAUGGGAAUUGGAGGCAUGGGUGGACGCAGUCCAUUUGAUAUCGGACAUAGUGAUCUGGAUCCUUUUGGCGGUCGACUUGGAGGCGGAAUUGGGGGCGGGAUUGGAGGUGGAAUUGGAGGGAGCACAGGCGGCGGCAUGGUUGUGGGACCCAACCAUCCAAUGUUCAGAAGACCUCCUCCGGGUACUGGUGGUGUGGGAGGUGGAGGUGGUAUCUACGGUGGUCCACAGCCGCUGCCUCGGGGAUCUGUUCCUCCAGGAGCAAGGUUUGAUCCAAUCGGGCCAUUCGGCCCAGUAGGCGGUAGCUCGCCGGGCGCAGGCACCGCUCACUCAAAUCCACAUCAGGGACCCACUCCAGGUCAGGGUCGUGGUGCAGGACGCGGCGUUCCAUUCUCUGGUGAACCCGACAACGAUGAGGCACCCCCGCCAGGAUACAUGGACAUGUAUAUGUAGAAUGCCGUGAUCUUUUAUUACGGAAAUGGCACUAGCAAUACCGGUAAUAAAACUGUACAUGCACUGCAAUCGGCCCUUCUCUGUUGUUGUCCUACUUCCUUAGCGGCCCUUUUCAUGGCUUUGAGAGACGGUAUCAUCAUAAAAAUGAAGGGGGUUGCCCUGGAAUGAUGUAAGAAAACUCGGCAAUGGGGUUGGACCAUGCAAGUCCAAGGACCGGCAGCACGUGUGCAGAU